AUGGCGCCUAUUCCUCUAUCACGCGCUCUCAGCCACGAAGAGGCGAAUAAGCUUCUGCCUGCCGAUAAUUUGCAGGGAAAGAACGUCCUCAUUACUGGCGGUGCUUCAGGAAUCAGUCUCGCCAUUGGGACUUCCUUUGCAGAGAAAGGCGCCUACGUUACGUUGGUCGACAUCAAUGAAGAGGCCGGCAAGCAGCACGCUGAAAGCCUCCGGGCUCGCGAACUAAAGGUCCAAUUCAUCAAGGCAGACGUCCGAUCGUGGCAAUCACAGGUGGAAGCCUUCAAGGCGGCUGUCAAGUUCCACCCCGAUGAGACGCUAGACAUAGUUGUUGCGGGCGCCGGCACAUUCAGCGAGACCUUUGUCGCACCCGACGAGCCGGGCAUCACCUCGCUAGACGAGACCCCGCCAGAACCCCCGACCAUAGCUUGGGAAACCAACUCCAUCGGGCUAUCCUUUACGGCUAAGCUCGCUCAACUCUACUUUGAGUUUACGCAGAAGUCCGCCUCAUCCGAGCCCAAAUCUCUCCUCUUAAUUGCGAGCCUAGCUGCAUACUUCGACAUCCCAUUGAUGUCGGCGUAUACUUCAUCGAAAUAUGGCGCAAGGGGUUUGUUCAGGAGCAUCCGACCAAUCUUCGCCAGCCGUGGACACCGGGUUAACUUGAUGGCGCCGUGGAUCAUUCCUACCAGCAUGACUGUUGAGUGGAUGAAGAUGUUCCGCGCUGUCGGAGCACCAGAGGGCCGUGUGGAUCAGGCUGUCAUGUCAGCGUUGCGUUGCGCAUCGGACAAGAACGUGAAUGGCCGCGCUUUUUGCAUUGGUCCCCACCGUGUGCUGGAUCUCGAAGACGAUCCGGAAGGCUGGAACGCAGGUAAGGCAAUGCAUGAAUUCCUCAACAAUGACAUUGUCGGUUGGCCUGAGCAAGAGAAGAAAAUGCUAGACAUCAUGGGAUUCUCCGAAUGA